AUGCUAAGACUCCUUGGACCAUCUCUGAAGACAACGCUUUGCUUACGUAGGAAUUUGGCUACGGCUGCAAUUCCUACUACUAAGACUACCAAGCUACCGAAUGGAUUGACUGUGGCAACUGAAGAGAUUCCGAAUUCUUUGUCUGCCACUAUAGGCGUUUGGAUAGAUGCAGGUUCACGUGCUGAUGUAAGCGACAAAACCUCCGGAACGGCUCAUUUUUUGGAGCAUUUGGCGUUCAAAGGAACUACAAAUAGGACUCAGUUGGGGCUGGAACUAGAGGUUGAAGAUUGUGGAUCUCAUUUGAAUGCUUAUACGUCACGUGAGAACACCGUUUACUAUGCGAAAUCUCUUAAGGAGGAUAUUCCACGUGCUGUAGACAUUUUAUCUGACAUUUUGACCCGGUCAAAGCUUGAGAAGUUGGCCAUUGAGAGGGAAAGACCUGUGAUUAUUCGAGAAAGUGAAGAAGUCGACAAGAUGUAUGAUGAAGUGAUAUUCGACAGACUUCAUGAAGUUGUUUAUAAAGAACAGCCACUUGGAAGAACGAUUUUGGGCCCUAUAAAGAACAUCAAGUCGAUUUCCCAACCUGAUUUGAAGAACUAUAUUAAGACCAACUAUAAAGGAGAUCGUAUGGUUCUCGUUGGAGUUGGUUGUGUUAAUCAUGACGAUUUGGUAGAAUUGGCAAAGAAAGAUUUUGGACUUGUUCCUAUCAGUGAAAAAGCCCUACCUUUGGGUACACCAAGAGGAGCUCUACCGAAAUUUUGUGGUGGUGAAGUGAAGAUUAACGAGAGAUCACUUCCGAAUACAUAUAUUGCGCUCUGUGUGGAAGGCUGUGCAUGGUCUUCUAAGGACUAUUUCAAGGCUUUAGUUGCUCAAGCAAUUGUAGGUAAUUGGGAUCGUGCCACAAACGCUUCGCCUACGCCAUUAGCCAAGUCUGUAGCACAGGGAGUUCGUGGUAACCAAGAUGAACCACUCUGUAACUCAUUCAUGUCAUUUUCCACGUCAUAUUCGGACUCUGGAUUAUGGGGAGUCUACUUGGUGAUUGAUAAGAACACCAACUGUAAGCCUGUAAUCGAUCAAGUGUUGAAGGAAUGGAAGAGAUUACGUGAGGGGAGUAUCAGCCAAGAGGAGAUUGAUACUGCUAAGGCACAAUUGAAAGGAUCGUUGCUUCUUUCUUUGGAUGGCACUACUGCAGUUGCAGAAGAUGUGGGAAGACAGUUGGUGACUACAGGAAGAAGACUAUCCCCAGAAGAGACGUUUGAGAUUGUUAACGAUAUCACUAAGGAAGAUGUCGUUGGUUGGUGUAAGAAGUAUCUUGAAGGAAGACCUACUGGAAUGUCAGCGUUAGGAAGUGUGAAGAGUAUACCAAGCUACGGGUAUAUUAGUGAAGGACUGAAAGCCUAG